CAACAUACAGAGUAGAGAACCAGUUCUGUCACUGCUGCAGGGCAUUUCAACCUGGCCCUAGUUUAGUGGUGUCUGACUGGCCCUGUGGUGAUCCCUUACCAUGCAGUCCUCUGUGCCAGAGCAGGACGACUCAUUUGACUUCCUUUUUAAGAUUGUCCUGGUGGGAGACUCAGAUGUGGGGAAGACCUGUGUGGUCCAGAGAUUUAAGUCUGGUGUCUUCAUGGAGAAACAGCAGAACACUAUCGGGGUGGAUUUCACCGUCAGAACCAUGCUCAUCAAUGGCAGGAAUGUCAAGCUGCAGGUGUGGGACACAGCUGGACAGGAACGUUUCCGCUCAAUCACCCAGAGUUAUUACCGCAGCGCCCACGGCGCCAUAGUGGCCUAUGAUAUCACACGUCGGCCAACCUUUGACUCUUUGACACACUGGAUCCAGGAAGUGGAACAAGACGGGGCUGCAAGCAUUGUGCUCAUCCUCAUUGGGAACAAGUCAGACCGGCAGGCGGAGAGACAGGUGCUGUUUGAGGAUGCCUGUACCCUGGCUGAGGGGCGGGGUGCGCUGGCCGCCCUGGAGACCUCUGCGAAGGAGGCCCAGAAUGUGGAGGCAGCCUUCAUGCUCAUGGCCCGGGAGCUGAUGGUGAGGAACGGCCUCGCGCUCACAGACCAACACUCAAAGGCCUCCCCACACUUCUUCCCAAACUCCCAGCCAAUCCAUGUCGCUGAUCCUACAAACAGGGAGUCAUGUUGUUGAGAGAAUUGACAGGAAGCGUGGGAGAGGGUUUGUGGUGCUGAUAACUUGGAAUCAACAUCGCCUACAGUCCCUUGACACUUGCCCUUGUAGAUGUAAAGCCACAAAGCCCACUUGUUUUUGACUGCUUACUUCUACAGGUGCUGUCAAGAAGUAUGCUUCGGGAUAGGGGAUGAGUGUACUAUAUUGUGUGGAUGUGAUAUGAGUACUCUACUGAUAAUGGCGACUAUCACUGCCACUGAGUUUUCCAGUAGUUUAAACAUGGCUGCCAGUAGUCAAACACUUGUUACCAGUACUUAAUGUUAAGUAUCCCUUGCCACCUGUGGUUUAUUUUAUAUGGGGGGAAUUAUGUAUUCACCUUAUGUUGGAUAUGUAACAAUUAUUUACAUAAACAGUGAGAUUUUCAUCCUGCUAAUGCUGAGUGUUAUGGUGUCCACUUUAGCUUCCCGGAGAUAAAGCCUACAGCUGGCCUUCCAGGGACAGGAUGUGGGGAGGUUGUACCUGUUAGGAGUAGAAUAAAGGCCUCAAUGGUUCUUAAACAUCCUGGCCUGGGAAAUUAGGCCAGGGUCAGGGGUUAAGAUAACGCCAGCAGAAAAUAAAGACAGGAUGAGCCCGAAGUGGCUCAUGGUGCCCCCCCCCAAUCUAUAUGGGAGAGGUGGAACCAAGCAUUCUGGGUAUUAGCUAUAUGAACUGCAUUGUCUGUAUGAUUCAGACUCUCAUUAUUGCAAUAAUUAAUAUUAAAUAAAGAUGAUUGUUUGAAGAAAUUA